AUUCAUUACGAUAUAAAUUGGACUUUACACAUCAGAUCAUCGCCUACGAUCUCUCUCUCUUUGAGCGUAAUCUAGUUCUCAAACUUGAUGAGAGGGGAUUUUGAAAUUCAUACUUUAGCCGGAGGUGCGGCGACAUCAUCGAUCAAGGGAAAGAUGAGCACCGUGAGCAAAACGACUACCACAUCAAGUCGAAUCUUAGACAUCCCCUGCAAAGUUUGCGGAGACCGGAGUUCGGGCAAGCAUUAUGGCGUCUACGCUUGCGACGGGUGCAGCGGGUUCUUCAAGCGCAGCAUUCGACGGAACCGUACGUACGUGUGUAAGAACCGAAGCGGUGGAGGCCCGUGCCCGGUGGAUAAGACGCAUCGUAACCAAUGUCGGGCUUGUCGACUCAAGAAAUGCCUGCAGGUUGAUAUGAAUAAGGAUGCUGUACAGCAUGAACGUGGCCCAAGAAACUCGACAAUCAAGAAACAGAUGGCGCUUUAUCUGAAAGAGUCUGCAGCAGCAGCAGCCGCAGCGGCAGCCGGUGAUCUACCUCCCCCGCUACUCCCCAACGGUUAUCUGCCAGGACCGGCCUUCUUUCACCCACUACUCGGUAUAGAGUCCUAUCCAAGCAUCAUCGUCAGCCCCGUAGAUUACACCAGUUUUUCACCCCAAGCCGUCCCGUGCUAUCCCACCCCAAAGUAUCCUCAUGAACCAGUCACGAUGAUGCCGCCCGUCGGGUCGGUAGAUGCCAUCUGUGAGACAGCAGCUCGUCUUCUCUUCAUGAGUAUCAGAUGGGUGAAAAACGUUCCCGCCUUUAUCGGCCUACCAUACUCAGAUCAGCUCACGUUACUGGAAGAGGGCUGGAGAGAGUUAUUUAUCUUGGGAGCAGCGCAAUGGCAGAUGACAGUAGAUGGGCCUGGUCUCAUGGCUUCAGCAGGUAUGAAACCCGACACAACACCAGCUGAAAAGUUAGCGGCCAUUUCUAGUGAGCUGCGGGUAUUACAGGAAUUGAUCGCCAAGUUCAGGCAGCUCAACGUUGAUGACACAGAAUUCGCUUGCUUGAAAGGCAUCGUCAUCUUUAAGACAGAUAUCAGUGGAAUCAAGGAGACAUCCUCAGUCGUCACACUUCAAGACCAAUCGCAGCUGGCUCUAAGCAAAUACAUCACGGUUCGGCAUCAAACCCAGCCCUACCGGUUCGGCAAGCUUCUUCUUCUCCUUCCGAGCGUAAGGGCCAUCAGACCGACCACCUUGGAGCAAAUCUUCUUCUGGAAGGCCGUCGGGUCAACUCCCUUCCAUACACUCCUCACAGAUCUGUACAAGAAGAACGAACACUUUUAGGAAAACAAAAAAUGCGUGAAACAGUGAAAAUGAACAUCAUGUGACCGUCAUUCUGCGUUAAUUGACGCUAGGAGACGUCUUUGCGUGGAAAACAUUAAAUGUUGGUCUGUUGAUGUAGUCGAUCGAGGCCAGAAGUUCCGAGACAUGAGGUGGCUGAAAAUCAAAGUCUUCCACAGACUUUGUACUCGUGUCUUGGUCCGAGGGUAAGCCCAUGGUCUCGAGGCCGGUCUCGACUGCAGCAGUGCUGUUGGUGAUCGGGCUACAUCACAGCGGACUUGUCAUUGCAAUCACGGCGGAUAGCAUUGACAAAGUGUGACACAGAUCACUGCACGAAACACCUUAUAUUUUCACGGAGCUUUAAGAUAAAGGGACAAACCAUGAUGGCGAUGAUCCUUAAUUGAAGCUGCACAGCAUUCGAAAUGGCCUGGAAAACCGAACUCACUCAACUCCAACAGGGACUCAAUAAAUACAAGAUAUGAGAUAAUGUACUAAGGGUUUACUUCUGGAUACAGGUUGAGAUGCCUCUACGUCAGAUUCUGUUAAUGUAGUGCUCCCGCAGUAUAGGCGCGGUCUGGGGUAGCUACUCUGUAAUUGUACUUGAAUUCAGCACUU